CAUUUUUGUUGCCCAGCGGUGCGGUCGCGCGCAGCUUCCGGCCCAGGCGCAGACCCAAACCCGCAUCCCCAGCGCCAGUCCACCCGGCUGCCAGAGCGGACAUACCGGUCCGGCCUCGGUUACCCCUUCUGAAUAACAGGGAGCACAGGUUGCUCCCCGCACAGAGCUGGGGCUGUGGCACCCUGGAGGGUUCUCUCUCCUCCUUUCCCCGCUUCCCGGGCCCUACUCUGGGGACAGACUGAUCGCGCGCGUCCUCGCCGCGGCGGCGGGGCCGGUGGGUGGGGUUUGCUGCACGGCCGCUGCGGCGGCGGCAGCGCCAGUGGGUUCUCCGGUGACUCUGAGGCGGGGCUGUGGGGAGGGCGCGGACUGACCGACGGACUCCGGCGGAAUGGGGGGUGUGGCUGCUCCGCCAGGGUCCCCCGGGUGGGAGAGCGGCUCUGCGGCCACCGGUGCCCGGACCCCCUCUGCCUUCUGCUAGACAUGCUCUUCCUCUCGUUUCAUGCAGGCUCCUGGGAAAGCUGGUGCUGCUGCUGCCUGAUUCCCGCCGACAGACCUUGGGACCGGGGCCGGCGUUGGCGGCUGGAGAUGGCGGACACGAGAUCCGUGCAUGAGACCAGGUUUGAGGCAGCGGUGAAGGUGAUCCAGAGUUUGCCGAAGAAUGGUUCAUUCCAGCCAACAAAUGAAAUGAUGCUUAAAUUUUAUAGCUUCUAUAAGCAGGCAACUGAAGGACCCUGUAAACUUUCAAGGCCUGGAUUCUGGGAUCCUAUUGGAAGAUAUAAAUGGGAUGCUUGGAGUUCACUGGGUGAUAUGACCAAAGAGGAAGCCAUGAUUGCAUAUGUCGAAGAAAUGAAAAAGAUUAUUGAAACUAUGCCAAUGACUGAGAAAGUUGAAGAAUUGUUGCGUGUCAUAGGUCCAUUUUAUGAAAUUGUCGAGGACAAGAAGAGUAGCAGGAGCUCUGAUGUAACUUCAGUCCGACUGGAGAAAAUCUCUAAAUGUUUAGAAGAUAUUGGUAAUGUUCUCACUUCUACUCCAAACGCCAAAACUGUUAAUGGUAAAGCUGAAAGCAGUGACAGUGGAGCUGAAUCUGAGGAAGAAGAGGCUCACGAAGAAGUGAAAGGGGCAGAACAAAGUGAUAACGAUAAGAAAAUGAUGAAGAAGUCAGCAGAUCAUAAGAAUUUGGAAAUCAUUGUCACUAAUGGCUAUGAUAAAGAUGGCUUUGUUCAAGAUAUGCAGAAUGACAUUCAUGCCAGUUCUUCCCUGAAUGACAGAAACACUGAAGAAGUAAAGCCUCUUGAUGAAAACUUGGGGCAAACUGGAAAAACUGCUGUUUGCAUUCACCAAGAUAUAAAUGAUGAUCAUGUUGAAGAUAUUACAGGAAUUCAGCAUUUGACAAGUGAUUCAGACAGUGAAGUUUACUGUGAUUCUAUGGAACAAUUUGGACAAGAAGAGUCUUUAGACAGCUUUACAUCCAACAGUGGACCAUUUCAGUAUUACUUGGGUGGUCAUUCCAGUCAACCCAUGGAAAAUUCUGGAUUUUGUGAAGAUGUUCAAGUACUUCCUGGAAAUGGCAACAGUGGGAAUAUGCAGGUGGUUGCAGUAGAAGGAAAAGGUGAAGUCAAGCAUGGAGGAGAAGAUGGUAGGAAUAGCAGUGGAGCGCCACACCGGGAGAAGCGAGGCGGUGAAAAUGACGAAUUCUCUAAUGUCAGAAGAGGAAGAGGACAUAGGAUGCAACACCUGAGUGAAGGAACCAAGGGUCGGCAGGUGGGAAGUGGAGGUGAUGGGGAGCGCUGGGGCUCCAACAGAGGGUCCCAAGGCAGCCUCAAUGAGCAGAUCGCCCUGGUGCUGAUGAGACUGCAGGAGGACAUGCAGAAUGUCCUUCAGAGACUGCAGAAACUGGAAACACUGACUGCUUCACAGGCAAAAUCAUCAACAUCAACACUGCAGACUACUAGGCAGCCCACCUCACAGAGACCAUCUUGGUGGCCCUUUGAGAUGUCCCCUGGCGUGUUAACUUUUGCCAUCAUAUGGCCUUUUAUUGCACAGUGGUUAGUGUAUUUAUACUAUCAAAGAAGGAGAAGAAAACUGAACUGAGGAAAAUGGUAUUUUCCUCAAGAAGACUACUGGAACUGGAUGACCUCAGAAUGAGCUGGAUUGUGGUGUUCACAAGAAAAUCUCAGUUUGUGAUGAUUACAUUGCUUUUUGUUGUCUAGUAGUUUGGUUUGUGUACAUAUAUACACAUACAUAUUUUGCACUACACAAAUGAUAACAUUUUAAGGACUAAUAUUGCUGAUACUUGAAUAAUCAAUCUCUAUUAGGUUAUAAAUAGCAUACAUAAGUUCACCCUGUCCUUGAACUUGAAGGACAUUAAUAUCAUUUGGUAACAUGUUUACCUGAUUAUCUUCCAUAGAGUAAUAUAAGCUGCUUUCAAAGGUACCAGUGUGAUAAUGAGAUCAGAUUUAUAAAUGAGUAUUUUUAGUUUUCUAAAUUAAAUGCAAGAAAGAAUGCAAACCAGGAGUGAAUUUCAAAUGAGAUGUAAUUGACUUAUUUCUUAGUCACUGAGUUGCCAUGCCACGUAAUAGAAAACCACAGGAAGAAUUGUUAUAUUCACUUCGUGGGCUGCCCAUAAUCUUCCCUGGGCGUUCACAACUCUUGAGUUUGGUGUUCAGGCAUCAUUAUUAAAAAGUGGAGUCGUAUGUACCAGGCUUAGUUUUUAUAAAUGAUUUGUAGACUAGACAUAACCCGCUGAUUGAAAUGAUGAAGAAGGAGCUUCAUGUAGGUUUAAAAGUGUAUUCUGAGCCUAUAGAUGAUUAGUAAGAUUUUUAUUCAACCAUAUACAUUUAUUCCUUUGUAAUCAUUUUUCUUUAAGGAUACCUAGUGUCUGCUUCAUAGGGUGCUUUGAAAUAUAAAAUGAAAACUUAUUUAUACUGUUUUUACAGCAGUCAAAAAGGAAACACAUGAAAAUCACUUUUCUGCAACUGGUAAACUAUACAGACUGGACUCUUAACCUCUUAGUGCCUGAGUUUUUCCUUCGGGGUAUACUAUUUUAGAUACACCUACUUCACAGGGGCAUUGGAGGGAUUUGCAAGCUAAGAGGCCAAAUGCUUCCAUAGGAAUAAGGCAUGCCCAGCUAACAGAAACUUAAGUCCUUCUUCCCCACCUCUCUCAUCUAGACCAAAAAGAAGACUGUAAUUUAGAUCUUUGAAGGCUUUUCCUGUAUGCCUUCCAAAACUUCCUGCUCACUUAGAUGUACCUUGUGCUUUGAAGAUUUCUUUGAUUCAGUCUUUGUAGCAAAUAAUUUUUUUUUUUUUGAGAUAGAGUUUUGGUCUUGUUGCCUAGGCUGGAGUGCAGUGGCAUGAUCUCAGCUCACAGCAACCUCCACCUCCCAGGUUCCAGCGAUUCUCCUGCCUCAGCCUUCCAAGUAGCUGGGAUUACAGGCAUGCACCACCACGCCUGGCUAAAUUUGUAUUUUUAGUAGAGAUGGGGUUUCUCCAUGUUGGUCAGGCUGGUAUUUAACUCCUGACAUCAGGUGAUCGCCUUCCUCGGCCUCCCAAAGUGCUGGGAUUAUAGGCGUGAGCCACUGUGACCAGCCUGUGGCAAAUACUUUUUAAGCAUUCUCAAGAUGUAUGAUGUUGGGUUUAGCAUCAUGUGUUCUGAGUGUUUUAAAUAAGAGAGAAAGAAUUAAUCUGUCUUUAGUAUACAGGGUGGUUGUUUGCCUGAAAAGUAUAAGAAUACAAUUUACUUUUCCCAAACUCUUUUUUUUCUUUCAAGUAACUUUAUGUUUUUAUUCUUUAAUCCUAUACUGAUUAAAAUGUCUGUCUAAAGGGAUCUACUACUAUUUGCUUUUAAAAAAUUGUUCCCUAUUUAUUUGUGAAAAAAAAUGAAGCAAGCAACUGAAUUUAUAUGUAAAAAUAACGUUUAGACCUGUGGAUCAGAAAUUAUUUACUUUUUUUUUUGAGACGGAGUUUUGCUGUUGUUGCCCAGGCUGGAGUGCAGUGGUGCAAUCUUGGCUCACCCCAACCUCCACCUCCCAGUUUCAAGUGAUUCUCCUGCCUCAGCCUCCCGAGUAACUGGGAUUACAGGCAUGCACCACCACAUUAGGCUAAUGUUGUAUUUUUAGUAGAGAUGGAGUUUCUCCAUGUUGGUCAGGCUGGUCUCGAACCCCUGACCUCAGGUGAUCCACCGCCUUGGCCUCCCAAAGUGCUGGGAUUACAAGCAUGAGCCACCAUGCCCGGCCUCAAAUAUUAUUUUUAAAAAUUAGAUAUCAAUUUGGUAUCAGAAAAAAAGUGGUUUUUCUCUUAGUAUAUAAAUAAAUAAAAUGCAAAUUAGGAGUAUAAGCAGUUGUGAAUCAUUACAAGCAGUCGGGGAUAACUAACUCCUAGGGAUAACCAUUUGUAUCCUGUUCCAAAGUCUUAUUUUAUAGUUUGAAAAGCACUUUGCACACAGUUCUUGUAUAUAAAAGUAAAGAUGUAAUUAUAGGAUAUAGUGUUCCUGCUUUGUUUAAUAAGAACCUCAUUUAAACUGGACAGCUAUGGUAUUUUUUUAAUGAUCAACUUCUUUUCUGUUUAUUGUAAAACUAAGUUAAAAAUAAAAGGUUAAUGAGAAAUGA